CGGUUUACCACUCGUUAAAGUGUGAACGUCUGUUCACUCUCGUCUCACGGUUCAUCGUGUCAAGUUCGUUCUGUAGAUUAUUAUAAAAAUUACCAACGGAGAUGCUCUUUCCAUCUUUACUAAUCACCCUGGCCUGGACAGCAUCUGCCAAGCCAAUGGCAUACGAUCAACGACAGACGGGAGAUGUAAACGUUCAGAUUCACCUGAAAGAUCUCCAAGUCGUUGCACUCAUUGAUACCGAAGCCCUCGAAGAUUAUAUGGAUUACAAUUAUUCGUACGAUUACUCUGACUUCACAAUUAAGCCGAUGAAGCCUUCGACGAACUCCGGAUCAUCGACGACAGCUUCUGCGUGGCACACGUGGCCGACGAAUCCUGCAAGCUCAUCAUCAAAGGCGAAUUCCACCGAGGAAUUACCUCCAGGUGUGACUACGCCGACCUCAGGGAAUGUUUUCACCACUACACCGUCUCCUGGGGAGUCAGAUGCAGAAUUGAUAGCUCCAGUCGAUAUUCCUUCAUCAUCAGCGGCUCCUGAGGCUUCUGGAUCUCCUGGAGAUGAGUUGGAUGAGACUGUCCAGGGGACAGGAUCAAAAUCGCGGAGUCCGGGUGGAUGCCAGGCGGGAUAUUACACCGACGCCAGGGGCAGAUGCAAAAAAGGAUCCCGAAGACGCGUUUCAUUUCUCCCGUUUGCCCUCAGGAUGCUGCCGAAACGCCUGGGGACUCAGCGGUCGACGUGAAUUUUUAAUGCUUGAUAAAUAAUUGAAUUGUGAUUAUUAAUGCUCAAUAAAUAAAAUUUUAUAGUU